GUCACUGCGAUUCGUAAUGCAGUGCAUCUCUUUCGUCGAUGCCAAUUUAAACAAUGCCAAACAGUCGCAAGACUCAACUGAAUCUCUAUUUAUAGAUGCAGUUUUUUUUUUCAAAUCAGUUUUAAUUUUGGCAUUCAAAGCGUAAGAAUGCAUCCAAAUCUAAGGCAAUUUGAAGGAAUCAACUAAAAAGCCGUAUGCAAAGUAUGUUUAAAAAGUGAUAUUGAGUGUUAGUGUGUUGGAGUCAACGACAACGACGGCAACGACGACGUCGGUCGGAGGGGAGCAUUCGAAUGUUCAUUGCUCUGUUCGUUGGCUCAUAGACGUCCGUUGUGUGUGUGUAUGGUAUUGGCAUUGUAGUUGGUAUUUGUGUGUGUGGGGCGCGAAUGUGUCGUGUCGUGUAAAAAGCAAAAGUUUUUAUACGAAAUAAAUUUGUGCUCUGAAAUGGAAUAAACAAAAGAAAUCAGGUAACAUCACAAUACUGUGGGCCGCAACUUGAACACCACCAACAACAACAACAACCACAGCUAACAGCAGUAAUAAGAAAAAAGAAACGAGAAAGAAGAGAAAGACCUGCAAAUAAGCGGUCGAUGACUAAAAGAGAAGAAACACACAUCGAACCUCACCGAAAACACACGUACUGUCGUCAUCUUAGCGUGUAGUGUGUGAGAUAGCCGUUGUGGUGUGUGCACAAAAAGCAACCAACGUAACUGGUAACAAUAACCAUAGGCAAUGCAGUGGCGGUAACAUCAGCGUGGUUAUUCGGAAUUUCAGUUUGAAUCAUCAAGCUCAACAUUUCAGUUUAUUUUACUGCUUUGUUUCGUCUUCAGUUUAACGAAUUUCGCGUUUCGAAGCAAAUCAAUUUUUUACGUUUCGUGUGUGAUUUCAAAAGGAACCCGAAUUGAAUGUUGCGUUCAAGUGAAAGAGUAUCAAUAGAAACGUGUACAUCAUUUUCAUCGGUGCGUUCAGUGCAGGCAGAAGUGUUUUUUUUCGGGUGGUACAACAGAUCGAGGUGUUUUCGUCUGAUUUUUUUUUUUACGAAACCAAAAAGUAAACACGCACACAGAGGAAAGAACAAUGCACCAGUAGCGUUGACCGCUUGGGAACAACAACCACAGCCGCAAAAAAAAAGAACGAGAAAAAAAGAGAAACAGUUGGGCUAUAAAUAAUCAUAUAAUUGCACCUACAACAACGUGAAGGUAGGAGCGUGUUCGAAGAAAGGAAACAAAGGCGAAAAAAAAGACAGGAACAAAGGAGAGACGUAGCGUUGAACGCGUACGUUAAGAACAACAGCUGUGGUAUUUAUUAAAUUAUAAUAAACCUUUUUUUUACGGUAAAUUCGAAAGAACAAACAAAACAUGGUUACCUAUUAUGAGAUUUUGGAAUUGGCGCAGACAGCCAACGAUGCUGACAUUCGUAAAGCCUACAAAAAGCUAUCGCUCAAAUGGCAUCCCGAUAAAAAUAACAACAGCACCGAAGCGACCAAUAAAUUUAAGCAAAUCUCCGAAGCGUAUCAGGUGCUAUCGGAUGAUAGCAAACGACAAACGUAUGAUAAAAAACUACGGCAUGAUGCACGUCGUAAUGCAUCACGACGUGCCCGUUCAACGACAAAUACAACACACGAUCCAUAUACAUCGCCAUUCUUUACAUUUAAAUCAGCGCAUGAUAUUUUCCGUGGAUUUUUCAAGGAUGAAGCUGAUAUUUUCAAUACCGAUCCACGGUCCAAACAUUUUGGCCAAAAUAUUGUUGGCGAAAGUCGACGUCAAGCAGCAGCAGCAGCCGCCGCCGCAACUGCAUCAAAUCGCAAAGAACCACGCAGUUUUAUGUCAUUCAUGUGGGACCCAUUCACCGAAAUCAAUGUGACAAAUAAUAACAGUAAUAACAAGACAAACACCAACACCAAUGGCAAAACCAAUGAAAUCCGAAGGGGAACCUAUACACAAACCACAUUUGGCAAAGAUGGACAACAAACUACAACGAAAAUUGUCAUUGAAAAUAACAUUCAAACCACAUACCGAUAUGAGAAAAACGAACUGGUCUCAACAACCAUUAAGACUCUAGUACACUAACUGCCUUAAGACUAAAUCAUAUAAUUUUUUUUUUCCUCGAACUUUUUAAUAUAUUGCGCGUAUUGUGAGCAAUAUUUUUGUUCGGAAAAUUAUAUGUUGACUGUUUUAUGUUAAUUAUUAUUUUUUUUUGCUCUUCUUCGUUGCCUUAUUGCAUUAACAAACACUGCGAAUUAAAUUGUUAAGGCUUAGGUCAUUUUUACCUCAAUCAUUUAAUUUUAUGUUCGUCGGCUUUCAUUCGGUUGCUAUUGCUCUGGACAGAGCUGAAGCGUAUGGUUCCAAAGCGGGCAGGGGCAAAGUGAACGAAUGAAAGAGUGAACAAAAAACACAUUUUUACCUUCUUCUCGCCUCUAAACCUAACUUGUAGUUCAAUUUUUAUUCGAUUUAACGACCAAAACGUAUGGAUAAUAUUUACAACAAAAAACGUACAUUUUUAAGUUAUGUUUUAAACGAUUUUCGCUAAUAAAUUAAUGGAUGUUUUCAUUCGAAACGAAUGAAUAAUCGAA